GGAGCAAGCGUUGGGCUCCGCCGUGCCGCGCUGAGCGCCCGGUCCGCUUCAGCUGUGGGGAGCGAGUCAGGCCUGCCGCCGACUCCGCAUCGGGCUACCGCAUCCCCGGGCCAGGCCCCGGCCGGGGCAGGAGCACAGGGCAUCUGUUAUGCACCUAAAGCCAUAUUGGAAACUCCAGAAGAAAGAGUGCCCUCUGGAAGGCAGCAGGGACACUCUGAGAACACCUAUGAGCCACCGAAAGGCUGUCAAUGAUGAAAAAGGCAAAGCUAACUACAUGAAACCAACGGUCUUUCCUUCAGCCUCUCUUGUCAAAGCAUCAUCUCGGAAACCUUUUGGGGUCCUUUCUCCAAAUGUUCUGUGCAAUAUGAGUGGGAAGAGUUCUGCGGAGAGCAGCUUAAAUGUUAAAGCCAAAAAGAAUGUGCCAUCUGCAACAAUCCACCAGGGCGAAGAAGAAGGACCGCUCGAUAUCUGGGCUGUUGUGAAACCUGGAAAUACCAAGGAGAAAAUUGCGUUCUUUGCAGCCCACCAGUAUAGCAAUAGGAUAGGGUCUAUGAAAAUCAAAAGCUCCUGGGAUAUUGAUGGGAGAGCUACCAAGAGAAGAAAAAAAUCAGGGGACCUUAAGAAAGCCAAGGUCCAGCUAGAAAAGAUGAGAGAACUGAAUAGCCGGUGUUACCAGCCUGAGCCAUUUGCGUGUGGCAUUGAGCACUGUUCUGUGCAUUAUGUGAGUGACAGUGGGGACGGAGUCUAUACUGGUAGGCCUCUGUCAGUGAUACAGAUGGUUGCCUUCCUCGAGCAGAGAGCCAGUGCUCUGCUAGCUAGCUGUGCAAAAAACUGCACAAAUGCAUCUGCCAUUGUGAAGCUUUCUGGCCAGCCCAGAGGUAUACCUCCUGCCCUUGAGCCCUUCUCUGCCCCAGGAGCUUGUGAAGAACCCACAGACAGAGGAAAUCCCGAGGCUGGCAAACCACAGAGUGAACCAGUCCGUGUCCUUGAUAUGGUAGCCAGACUGGAGUCCGAGUGCCUGAAGCGCCAGAACCAGCGGGAACCUGGGAGCUUGUCACGGAAUAACAGCUUCCGUCGAAAUGUAGGCAGGGUGUUGCUAACAAAUGGUGCUCAGGCUGAUGAAGACAAAACUAAAAAAGGCACUUUGGAGGCACCUGACACUCAGGUAGAUGCCAUGCAGUCAGUGUCUGUGUGUGGAGGACCCUCUAGAGUUGACCAUUGUUCUGCAGGGGACCAGGCCUGGGAUGGUGCUUCUCGGGGCUGCCCUUCAUUGCCAGCAGGUGUGAGUUUCCACACAGACAGCACAGAAUUGAAACCAUGUCAGCAAACUGCCAUGAAAAACAGCAACAGGUAUGAUGUGGAAAUGACAGAUGAACUUGAUGCAUUACCUUUUUCUUCUCACGCCUGUCUUCAAGCCACUGAAUUGUCCUCAGAUGCUAUCGAUUGUGUGAGUAGAGAGCUUGUUCCACUCACUCACCAAAAUCCUGAUCAGAGAAGAAAAGAAUCUUUGUGCAUUAGCAUCACUGUAUCCAAGGUAGAGAAAGACCAGCCUUCCGGGUUCAGCUCCCUUGAAGAACCCCUUCCAGGGAUGUUGUUUUUUCUGUCACCAGGACAGGAUCGGCCAGAAUGUUUGCAGUUGAAUAAAAGCACAACACAGGAGUCCUCAGAGGGCAGCCGGCUUCAGAAGGCAGCAGAGGGCGACGAUGCAUCCAAGGAGAAAGGUGUUUCGGCUGAGCCAAUCAUACCACCAGCCCCUGCAGUGGAAAGCACAUUACCAGUGCUUGAGGCAUCCAGUUGGAAGAAGCAGGUGUCUCAGGACUUCCUCGAGACUAGAUUUAAAAUUCAGCAGCUUCUGGAGCCUCAGCAGUACAUGGCAUGUUUGCCUCACCACAUCAUGGUAAAAAUCUUCAGGCUACUUCCCACCAGGAGCUUAGUGGCUCUUAAAUGUACCUGCUGCUAUUUCAAGUUUAUCAUUGAAUACUACAACAUCAGGCCAGCAGAUUCUCGCUGGGUCCGAGACCCACGCUAUAGAGAAGACCCUUGCAAGCAGUGCAAGAAAAAGUAUGUGAAAGGGGAUGUGUCACUGUGCCGGUGGCACCCCAAGCCCUAUUGCCAGGCACUGCCUUAUGGGCCUGGGUACUGGAUGUGCUGCCACCGGUCUCAGAAGGGCUUUCCGGGCUGUAAGCUGGGCCUUCACGACAAUCACUGGGUCCCUGCCUGCCACAGCUUUAACAGGGCAAUCCAUAAGAAAGCAAGAGGGAGUGAGACUGAAGAGGAAUACUAGAAGCCCACGUGAAAGGCAACAGGACUGCACCUCCUAAAUAAACCGUUCAGUGUGCUGCCUUGUCCCCACCCGUACGGGAAUCUGUGCUUAGAUCAGGACUACCAGUGCUCAGGCAUUUUUGUAAACUCUUAAUUUACAAGCUGUACAAGAAAAUCAGUCCCUGGGUUUUAUAGUGGUGCCUCACAUUUGACCCAGAGUGGCAUCUCACAGCUUGACUCACUCAGCUGUGAGUAACUGCCUGUUUUCCUCUAUCAGCUCCACCCUCAGAGGAUGAAGACUUGCCACUAUCAGGGACAUUCAGAGAUCACCGCAGUCCGUCCUCACAUGGGCGCAGAAUUUUUUCCACAGUACUGGCACUGUAUUUGAAAUGAGAAAGCAAACCUUUGGAUGAGAAUUAUGCCUACAAAGGAAAAAUCAGGCACCUUACUCUUAGACUUUGUAUGCUUGAUCCUGUGAGAAUGGUGUUUGUGGUUGGAGAUGGAUUUUAUGCCCUGUGGUGUUUACAGUGUAUAUAAUGGUUGUGUUUUCAUAGGGCUGUGAAAGUGCACAUUAGACCCGAGCGCCUUUACCUUUAGAUGAGUGCUUUGGCCCCUCUGUAGAUAACGUGAUUAAAAUCCAAUUGUAUAUGAUGGACAGCUGACUAAACAACAUAAUCACCACAAUGCAGCUAGGAUAGUGUUGCGGCUAUAAUUGUGUGUUGUCUCCUCAAAUUUUGUACAUCCUGUAUAAAAUAUGAAUGUUUCCCAAAUAAACUAUGAAUGUUUGCUGUAUAAUAUAUGAAUGUUUCUGAGAAGAAACUCUAAAUAGUUAAGAGGUUAACGUGUUCAAAGGCUACCAAAUAAUGGUUUAACUGGACAACCUUAAAAUUGGCAUAAAGAAUGAUCGUUUGUUAUUUUUUAGUGAGCCACCAAGAAUAAGACAAUAUUAUAUAGUCAGAUUAUAACAUUGUCUGUCCUUUGUCUGGUAACGGAAAGUUUUUUUUUUUUCAACUUCAAUAAAAACAUACAUUUUAAAUGUACA